AGCAUGGAGGGAAACUUCCGUCUCCGUUGACGGGAAGGUUUUUAUCAUAAUGAAGAUGAGACGAGUGAAAUAUAGUGAAUUAAAAAAGUAAGAGCCAGAAACGUAAAUGUAUUUAUACAAUGCAUAGUCUAACUGUGUUUCGCUUCUAAUUUAGCCAAAUUGCUAACAGUUCCUUCCAUAACGGAGCUAGGUAACUCUGGAAGAACACUGUGAAACCUUAAUCACGUGCAAAGGGGAAUUUUGUUUUCGAAAACAAAAAACAAAACAUCGUAAGCAAGGCAGACUAAUAUCUGCUCAGUACCUUUGGGUAGUAGUAAUAAUAAUAAUAAUAAUAAUAAUAAACUUGUAUAAAUGAGCCAUAAGUUGCGUUAAAAGGAUUGCUACGCUCAACGUUGGGCGGCGCUGUUCCGCUGGGGGUUAAUUGCGAUAUGAACUACUUUGUGGAAAAUGAAGUCAAUCAUGGUCAGGCAAGAGCCGGAUAUGACCUCUUCUUUAUUGAAGACUCCAGAAGCUCGGAAAGUAGUGAUGACAGUAACUAUGGUUACCCGAAACGUCUAAAACCCGGUAAGCAAACUAUAAAGCUCAGCAAGGAGAGUUCGCCUCCGCUUCUCUUGGCUUUCUCCAGCUCAGGAAAGGCUUUGCAUGACACCUGCCGGACUUCCAGUACUGAAGAGCAAGAGGAGUCCAGUGACCAGUCUAUUGAAGAGUGGAUGAUCCUGGGAGGAGAGGAGCAGGUGGGGGACUCAAACAUCCAACUCAACUUGAGCUACUGGAGCUCUGAAGAUGACAAUAUACAUAAAGAUAGAACAAAUGAAAGUAAUAAGUCAAUAGCAGAUUCCUGGGUUGUAUCAGACAAAGACAAGAAUGGUGCUGAUCACUCUCUGGCCAGUCGCUAUUUUGGGCCUAGUUGCUCUUCGAUUUGUCCCAUCUGCAACAGGAUGGGGCACGUUGCAAAAAGCUGCUACCUCUACAGAAAAUGUCCUGUCUGUGUUCUUUGUGGGAUCCGGGGCCACAUCCAGAGGGACUGUCCAGCUCGCCCCUGCCCCAGCUGUGGACUGCCUUCACAUGGUCUUGAUCUGUGCAAAGUGCCUCCAGUAUGGAACCAACACUGCCAGCGCUGUGGGAUGACAGGUCACCUGUCUGAUGCUUGCCCGGAUACAUGGAGACAAUACCACCUGACAAUCAGGUUAGAUGUGCCUCAUAAGCCACAGACUGUCGGCCGUCUUACACACAGGAGUCGCAAGGCUCAUUGCUACAACUGCUCUAAAACGGGGCAUUAUGGCCAUGAGUGCAUGCUGAGGAGGAUGGUCAGUGGUACAUUUCCUUCACUGCCAUAUAUUUGCCACUAUGACACGAUAGAGGACAUUCUCCAGCGUCAGACCAGGGUGCAGAAAGGAGCAAUAGACCAAGAACACUUGUGUGAAAGAGCAGGAGGGAGUGAUGAGGAGAACCCUUCAGUCAAGAGGAGAAGCAGGAUAAAGCAGGAGGCAAAUAGCCAAGCUGGCAGAAGGAGGACGUGGCCGGAGAGGCGCAAAGAAAAGCGUCAAGUGAAGCGACUGAGGAGGGAGGCCCGGGCCAUGCGCGAAAGAGGACUUCUGGGUAGGUCCUGCUGCAGCUCUGAUAAUGAUGUUUGUCCAGCAAACUCCUUCAGACACCCCCUCCAUGGUCACAAGCAGUCCAUAAGCCCUUCAGAGAAGAGGAGAACAGAUAAAACAGCUGGAAGAAAGAGCAGGAAGAGCAGAGAGGCAGAGAGGUGGAAGAAAAGAGGAGGGAUAAAACGUUCGGAUUUGUAUCCUCAAGGUGAUAUGGACAUCAGAAGUGAAAACCUUCUCUCUCCAAACAAAAGAGUUCAUCACAGAAGAAGAUGAAGAUUUAUUUUAUUAUCUUUAAUGUUUUUUCUUACUUUUCAAAAAGUAUCAGCAGACACCAAAAUAGGUAACAUUGUGUUUUGGAUUUUUAAUUAAUCUAGUGUGUAAAAAAGCUGAAGGAUUCUCAUUUUCAUGAAAACAUGUGGGAAUGUUUUGUUCUUCAUUUUUUUGUAUUUACUCUUGUCAUACUGCCUUGACUACUUUUAAUGCCUGUGUGUAUUUGUUUAAAAUUAUAUUUCAAUAUUUUCCUGCUUUUGACCUGAACUGUAUCAUGUGUUGUGUUGGUGGUUAUCCUCCUACAUAUGAUGCCAGUUGUACAGUAAGAUUUAAUUAUCUGUAAUAAAUAUUUGAUCAGAAAUACAGACAUUUGAUAAGGCUUUUUAAAACAUUAAAGCUUGAUUUUCUUCUCGUUUCUAAUCAGCGUUGAAGAUACAGGUCACUGUCACGUUAA